AUGUUUGAUUUAAUAAAAAAUGAUGAUAACAUUCAAAAAACACUCGAUGCAUUGAAACAUAAUAAGAAAGUUGAAAAGAGAUUUAAUACAUUAGACCAUGGAAGAAAUUUUAACAAACGAGAUGAAUUAUUCGCACAGAAUGACGCUUUUGAUAAAAAAAACGGUGCAUUAUAUCGUGCAGGUAAUGAUAAGAGAAGUUAUACCACAUCAGAUUACACAGGCAAUGCUAAAAGGGGGCAUGCCUCUCCAGCAUAUGACUCUCACUAUGAUAGGAAGCCAAGCAAGGGAAACUACACUGAUAGUCUUGGAAGGCGAAACAGUUCAUACAAUUAUAGCGAUAACUUUGAAAACGAAUUCGAAACACAUGAUUACGAUAAGCAUUUUAAAAAAGUGUACGACACAUUCAAAUUUGGACAGAAUUUUCAAAAGGGAUAUAACGCAGAAAGAGCAUAUGAUAAUACUCCAGAAAUGCUUAAUACAUUAGAAGAAAAAGACUACGCUAAGAAAGAGCCUACUAGACUAAACGACCACCAUAAAUUAGAAAAGCGGUUUAAUACAUUCGAAUUCUAUGAUAAAUUGGAAGAAAAACCCAAGGCAAAGAACUGCUAUUAUUACUGUGAAAAGCUGCUUGAUGAAUUAAAGCAUGACAGAAAUUUUCAACAACUACUUGAUGUUCUAGAAUAUGACGACAAUUUUGACAAACUGCUUAAUAUACUAAAGAGUGAUGCACGUGUUGAAGAAAUAUUUGACUCAUUAAAACGAAAUAACGCUGUUAAAAAAAUACUUUACAUGUUAAAACAUGAUGAUAAUACAUCAUGGAAAGAGAAUAAAACACCAGCGCGAAAGAGAAAGUAUAAGAAUAAAUUAAGCAAAAAUCCAAGAUCCAUCGUAUCAACGAUAUGUAAAUUUUUAAAAAAUAUUGAUGCCAAAAUUGAACAAGAAAUUUUAAAUUCAUUUGAAAGUUCCCCUGCACAGAAAUACAGCAUCUUUGAAUCUAACAACAAGCAAAAAAAUAUGAUAAAAAAAAUUCUUAAAAAAUUAAAAGUUUUUUCUCCGGUUUUAUUAAGCGCUAUCAUUAUAGCUAUAGUGGUUGUUUAUAAAAUAAGCGCAGCUGUUUUUUCACUCUCUGGUAUUUCUUUUAUCAUAUUAAUAUACAUCCUGUUAAAAUAUAGGAAAUGCUCACGCUUAUGGAAUUAUAUCAAAGAAAGGAAGGACGACCCCAAUACAUUACACUAUUAUGAUUCUAAAAUAAACUUUUAG